AUGUCUGACACCGACCCCGCCGAUUCUGCGCUUCUCGUCGAAUCGCAAGCCAUCGAACAACUCAACCGCGCAAGGCGCCAGCUUCGUCGAUCCAGAAACUCGGUUCGUGUGUCGAGAUCUACACUCCAGCUACUCGACCAGAUUGUGCCCACCCUCACAGUUGACGAGCUUCGAGAACUUUCGCAGAUUCAUCGGAACAUGGCGCGUAACUUGCGUACACGAGGUGGAGCUACCGGAACUACAGGCGAAGGCGAGAAUAUUGUUGUUCCAGUGUCUGUACCUCAAGCCCAAUCCGCUCUCAAGCCUGCCACGACGCUUGUGUCCAUGCUGCCAAAGACCCCCUACAAUGAGGUGAAGGAGGCAGAAGGGACCGUGAACACACCCGCUUAUACCAAAGUACAACUUGCGCUCUUGGAGUACCUUAACAAGCACGCAUCCGAGAAGCUCACGGUCCGGCAAGCUCAUAACUGGACAGAACGUAUUGCAGACAACAUGCAUCCCGCUGCCAAGGAUGCGCUGCGCCUCUGCUACUACAUGCGCUCGCAGGGCUUCGACACGUACGCCGAUGUUCGGGAUGGCUCCAUCGAACUGUAUCUCUCCAAACAGGCACCAGAGAAGGGUCGCAGCAAGGCCUCGUUGUAUUGGAAGCAGAAUUACUCGACGAACGCCAUCGAGCACACGGUAUCUGAAGCAUAUGUACCACCCCGUCCGGCGCGAUACGACGAUUUCAUGCCCUCGAUGGUCUCCGGGGCUCAACUUUUGAGUGAUCUCUUGGCCGCGCCAGAUCCACACAUCCCUCAACAUGCAGGUGGCCCUGGAGAGGAUGCAGAAGAUCAGGACGCUCCGGUACCGGAGGGCGACCAAGCACAAGAAGACGUUGAACCGACCGAGCAUAACGUCGCUACUAUGCUCGCUGUCGCUCAAGCGGACUUGGAGGCUCAAUUCUUGUCUGAUACCCCCGAUUCAGAGUAA